AUGAUUCCAGAAAUAAUUAAUAAACAUCGAGCAAAGCCCGGCCUGAUAUUUGAGUAUAACCCGGAUACGUUAGAGUACCUGAAGAAACAAUAUGAUUUGGACUCACCGGAGAGGUUGGACGAAGCCUUCAUAAUUUUGCAGGAUUGGCUCGAUAAACAACCUCAUAUUGUAAGAAAAAAAUAUUCGAAGGAUUAUCUAGAAAGGAUCAUCAUUCUCAGUAAGGGUUCUGUAGAAAGAGCAAAGAUGAAAUUGGACAGCAUCGCUACGUACCGAACUUUGUUACCACAAUUUUUUGAGCCAUUACCCGAACCAGCAAAACUUGCCAUUUUAGAGGAAUUUCACGUUUGUUUCUUACCAAAGAUGACGAAGGAUCAUUAUAGAGUUUUUUGGAUUCAAAGUUUCAUGAAACAGUCCGACGGGUCAACUUUUAUGGAUUUCUAUAGAUUCUUUGUUAUGCUUUGUGAGUAUUUAUUGCGCUAUGACUAUUGCAAUGGAUAUAUCGCUGUGUUGGACUAUAGAAAAGCAAAUAUUUUUGAACUCCUAAAAACCUUCAAUGUAAUGGAAAUACAUCAAGUUCACAAAAUCGUUAUGGACGGCUUCGGAAUGAGAAUAAAAGCCAUUCACUUUAUAACGACGUCGAAAGCAAUAGACACUUUGAUUACAAUAUGUAAGCAAGUAUUGAAGGCAAAGGUUGCUGAGCGAAUCCAAGUCCAUAAAGUCAUUGACGACUUAUACAAAUUCAUACCUAAAGAGACCAUGCCAGCAGAUUAUGGCGGUCUGCAAAAAUCGACAUAUCAACUCUGUUGUGAUUUAAAAUCAACAAUCGGAUCGGAGGACAAUUUGAAAUACUUCAAGGAAAUGCAAAAAGCUUGCACGAAUGAAAACUACAGGUGUGCGGAUCAAUUCAACGACAAAUAUCUGGGAUUGCCGGGUUCAUUCAGAAAAUUAAAUGUAGAUUAAAUAAAAUGCUUAUAAAAAUUG